AUGCUCAAUACCAACAUAGUGAAUAAUUAUUUUAAUGCCUUGGGGAGAAUCAUUACCAACCUAGGUGUCAGGCAAAGCGAAAUAUGGAACUGUGAUGAAACAGGCCUAAUCUUCGAGCAUUGUCCUGUGAGGUUUAUAACUGAACGUGGGACAUACUCUGUUGUGGGUAAAACUAGUCAGAAAUCGAGUAAUCUUACUAUUAUGGCUUGUGUAAACGGGGCCGGAACAGCAAUGCCCCGUCAGGGAAAACUGUCAGGUCGCUACAUGGCUUCAAAACCACAGACGCACCUGUCAGCACGAUAUGGGCGUGAAUCUCAACAACUUUUCGACAACGUUCCAAAUUACAAAUUCCGCAAUGACGAUCUUAUGCUUUGCACAUUUGCUAAGACAGGCACAAAGUGGGUAUUUGAAAUAAUCAUGAUGAUUUUAAACAGGUCUGCGAAGCGAAUAGACACGAACAAAGUUACAACAAUGCUCGAAUGUGUAACUGCUGAGGAGACAGAUCAACAACCAUCACCGAGAGUGGUGAAUUGUCAUUUCCCGCCAAGAUUUCUUCCUCUAGCCGGUAUAAAGGCAAAGCAGAUCAAGACAGUUUUAUGUUUACGGAAUCCGAAAGACACCGCUGUAUCGUUUUACAAUCAUAUGAAGGGUUUCAAAGCAUAUGAUUACGAUGGCAAAUGGGAAGACUGGUUGCCAGUGUAUCUGCAAGGAAAUUUGGAAUAUAUGAAGUACAGCGACUAUUUGUUAGAAUGGCAACGUGAAUUACUAAACGGCCCAGGUUUCCCUCUGCACAUCAUGUUCUAUGAAGAUUUGAAAAUGAAUGGGAGAGAAGAGCUGGAUAAGCUGCUAAAGUUUCUCGACAUACAGUUAGAUGAACAACUGAAAAAUGACAUCACUGAUAUGUGUGGUUUUAAGAAAAUGACAGAGGACAAAGCCGAAACGUAUGAGUACAGCAAACCAGGUUUCAAAUUCUUUCGUAAAGGUCAAGUUGGUGACUGGAGGAACUGGUUUACUGUUGCACAGAAUGAAAUGUUUGAUAAAAUCUGGGAAAAUGUUACAAAAGGCUUAGAAAUGUUUAAGUUCAAGUAUACUCACACUAAUGAUAAUGCUUGAUUUCGGUGAACAUUGAUUUAGCAUUGGUGCGCCUGGAAAGGCUCAGGACAAUACACAGUAAUCGCUGACACAUUAAUUUGAUCUAAUAUUACUCAGAAGUAAUUUAGCUGGGAUGUUCUGUAAAUGUCAAAGUUAUCGCAAUGUGAGAUAACUGUGCAAAUCACAAGGGUUUUCGUGGCAUCAAUGGUAAGAUACAGUCUGUUUUUGUGUAACUUUGCUUAUCUGACUCGGCGGACAGAGUUGACCCGCUAUUCAUAAUCAUAAUCUUCUCAAAUUUCCCACACAGUCAAAGACCUUCACCUAUCCGUCCUGCAAUGUCAUGCUUUCACGUGUACAACAUAACUACGGUUUUAUCCGCAUAAAGCUUCAGUAUGUAGCCGUGCAUCUAAGAAACAAUAUUAGCGAAGAAAACCUUAUAACUACAACGACUCACACAUAGAUACCACCGCUAUUUGCUUUAAAGACAUGUUCAUAUUGGAUGCUGUGUAAAAAUGAUUAGCCAGUUCGAGGAGUCUGAAUAUGUCAGCCACGGAUGCGACCGAUACCAACGUACUUCAUCAGCACAGGCGUUCAUACAAACCGGUUAAUAGUCAUCACUCUGCAUAUACUUUGCAUGUGACCUCGAAAAGGGUGUUCACGCCGGUUUAGCAGUUUUUGGUGGGCAAUGAUUUGAAAAUUGCAGAAUUAUGAUGGUACGACGACUGUUACACGCUGUCAAAAGACUACUAGUAUACGGUUUUAUUUUACACAAUUGAAUAAAACGUCCUAUAGUUCCAUGAAGUUUUGAAGAUGCCGUUCCUUUUAAGAUAAAUGACAAAUUAUUGUAAGUGCGACUGGCAUGCCCUCAACGCGUUUAAUCCCCCAGUUUCCUUUGUAUAGGUUACUGAACGUUCCAAUGUGGUGCACCAAUUUUCAACUUGUUUUUGUCCGUUUCGUAUUUUAUGUUAGGUAAAUUGUCUUGUUGUUGGUGGUGUUUCCUCCUUAUCCCAUCGCCGCCUGCAUUUACGCCCCGCUCCUUUUACUAUGAGUGAGGUGGUUAGAUCUCCACCAUAAUUUUGGCCACCGGUGUGCGUGUGUUCGCGUGUGUGUGUGCGGGCACAUGGGCUGCUAUGGUUUUUGGAGGUUGGAUUUUCUUGUUGAAUACUCACCCUGAAAAAGAACUGCAGUUUAUCUUACAACAACAGUUUUUAUGUUGCGUUCCUACUUUGCAUGCCGCUCUGGCUGUUUGGGGGUAGGUGUGCUUCAGGGAAAGCUAUCAUAACCUUUUGUUUUUUAACGAAGCGUUAUUGGACUUACUGGUCGUUUAAGACCUCAAACAAAACGGUAAAAAGAAUGGAAAUGAAAGACAAAAUAAAACUGCAAAUAUGAGAUACGAGUCAUUUUUAUUUGGCAUGAAAGACAUAGACAUGUUUAGUGUACAAAAAGGGCCAAUAUUAUUCAACGUUUUGUUACAUGUAUGUAUUUCAGAAGUAUUCUGGCAAAUUGUUUUUAUAUAUUUUCCCGCGAUUCUCUAUCGAGCAACAGCUACAAGAUUGUAUGGUAAUGCAGUUAAAGUAAGUGCUUGGAUUCCCUCCAUGGAGUAUUGUUCUCCGUCCACUUGUAUGAAUCUGAAUUUCUGGAGUAGAUUCGUGAAAAUAAGGAACAAUUCCAUCCUUGCCAGAGGCUCUCCAAUACAGAGGCGAGGUCCUUAAACAAAUUUGUAAAUCCGCAGAU